AUGGAUGCAUACUCUACCUCUCUGCUUCUACUAACUUUGAUUCAUCUGCUGCUGCGCUCCUCGGCUCGUGAGUUCCUCUCGCCGGGCUCCUUUCUCUCUGUAGAGGAUAGCUCGGACAGGCUCCAUUCACCCGAUGGUACUUUCAGCUGUGGCUUCAACAACAUUUCUCAAAAUGCCUUUGUCUUCUCUAUUUGGUUCUCUAACACAGCUGAAAAGACUGUCGUCUGGAGCGCAAAUCAUCUCCACCCCGUGUACUCCUGGGGAUCCCAAGUCAUGCUAGAGAGGGAUGGCCGAAUGGUGGUAAAAGAUUAUGAUGGCCAGCCCGUGUGGGAAAAUGGUGUGAACACUUCAUCAAAUGCCGAACAAGCUCAGUUGUUGGACACAGGAAAUCUCAUCGUGAAGGGCCAAGGUGAUAUCAUUCUAUGGCAAAGCUUUGAUUCUCCUACUGAUACAUUGCUACCAAAUCAGAACAUAACUGUUGGUACAAAGUUGGAAUCUAGUAAUAGGCUACUUGUUCCUGGGCACUACAGCUUCCAUUUUGAUGAUGAGCUUUUACUUACACUGUUUGAUGAUCAGAAGGGUGUCUCUUUUAUCUAUUGGCCAAACCCUUUCAUUAAUAUCUGGAGAAAGCAAAGACACUCAUUUAAUACCACCACAAUUGGGGUCCUUGAUAGCUGGGGUUUUUUCCUUGGAAGUGAUAAUUUAACUAUCAAGGCUGCUGAUUGGGGUCUUGAGGUUAUGCGAAGGCUAACAUUGGAUUAUGAUGGCAACCUUAGAUUAUACAGUCUUGAUAAGCCAAAUGGAAGAUGGUCGGUCACAUGGAUGGCAUUUCCGCAGACCUGCUUUGUACGCGGUUUGUGUGGUAUGAAUGGGAUAUGUGUGUAUACACCUAGGCCUGCUUGUGCAUGCGCACCUGGACAUGAGAUCAUUGACCCAAGUGACCGGAGCAAAGGUUGCAUGCCAAAGUUCAACCUCAGUUGUGGUGGGCAUGGGCAGGAGAUGAACUUUUUGAAGCUACCUUCCACGGACUUCCUAGGUUAUGAUCGUAAGAUUGAGUUAGUCUCUCUUCAUGCUUGCAAGCAGAUAUGCUUGAGUGACUGCACAUGCAAAGGUUUCUCAUACUGGCAAGGAGAAGGAAGCUGUUAUCCAAAGUCAUCCCUCGUUGGUGGUGUAGCCAACCCACAAUUACCUGGUUCUAUCUAUCUCAAGCUUCCCAAGACAUUACAAGUCUCAAAGUCCUCGAUUCCUCACUCGCAACCUUCUGGCCCUAGAUAUGGUCCUAACUGUAGUGCAAAGAACAAAUAUGUCACUGCAGAUUUUCUGGAUAAGCGUAAGAGCAGUCAGAGUGGAUCACAGUAUUCGUAUUUCUACGGAUUCUUAUCAGCGAUAUUUUGUGCCGAGGUGAUAUUGGUAGCAUUAGGAUGCUGGUUUAUUUUGAUAAGGGAGCACAGGCAGUUAACAGGAGUAUGGCCGGCUGAGGUAGGCUAUGAAAUGAUAACUAACCAUUUCCGCAGAUACACUUAA